CAGAAAAGAGCGCUUUCCAAAAUCUUUAAGAAGCUUCAACUGAACGAACGCAUCCUGUGAGCCAUCAUUUCGCUGUGAGAAUCUGACCCACGAAGCACUUGCCAACAUGAAAUCAAUUGUUGCUCUCCUGGCCGCGAUCCUUGUGUUCGCUGCCAGUCUUGCCAGCGCACAGGACAAUGGAGACGCCAACUCGGGGAGAAAAAUCGGUUUGGAAGCAAUCAAACCAAACGAACACGAAGCCCAGGUAGCCUCCAUUCGGCUGGCCACUGCCAUAGAGGCAGCCAAGAGCAGUCCCAAGGAUCCUCAAGCUUUCAUGAAUAUUUUUUACGCGGCUUCGGCAGUGCUCUCGCAAAUGAUUUGGUACCCUCCUAACUGGCAGCUGUUCGAUCAGUUUGAUGCGUUCUUUUACGUCGCCGAGCUGCUGCCCCAGCAGUACCAACUGAAUUACGUUAAACGUGUGUAAAUUAAAAUAAAUUGAUGUUCGGAAAAGGC